AGUAAUUUGUUGGAUCCCUUUGCAUCAUAAGACUUAGGUUCUCUUUUGGGUUCUAUAAGUGUUGAGAAAACACAUGAUAGGUACUCAAUAACUAUUGAUUAAAUAAACGAAUGAACGCUCCGAUGAAGUUAUUUUAGCCUCCUAAGGUACUUCAAAUACAGAAUAAAUAGUAUAAUAUUGAAUUAUAUAGACUAAUUUGAUGCUAUUUUAAUAGGAAAUAUCUAUUCAAAGAAAGCAGAAGAAAUUAAGAUAACACUCUUCUUGUCCAAGAUGACAGGUAAAAUCAUUUUGUGGAUCAAAUAUACCAACGCCAAGACUUGAGGAACAGAAUUGUGAUGAUGGCAGACCCACAGUAGGCUUUCUACUGUUUCUGAGAGCUCCUUUUACAAGAGAGUGUGGAGGAGAAAAAGAUCCUCUAAAAAAAAAAAGAAGAAGAAGAGGCAGGGAGGAAGGCCAUAUGGAUCCUUCUUCCUAUAAAGCUAGCCUCCGGAAUUCUCUGAAAGGCACUGCUACUCCAACCCCUUACCCUCUCCGCAAAUAAAAAAUGUACCGGCAAUCUGCUCUUUUGUCCCAAGAGGCUAACUGUCCUUCAGUGAUACCCUCAUACUUCAUGUUAGAGCUGGCCAGAUGAUGCUGGGGACUCCUGGGCUCUCUGCCCAUCAGUUAUGCUUGGGUCACCUGCAGAAGGCCUUCUGUGUCUCUGGUGAGCCUGCCCAAAGGAGCUCCUGCCUCUCUGACGGAAGAGUAGGUCUAGGGGAUGGACCAGACAUCUAGAUAAAACUAAGGGGAUGGUAACCAAGCUCUUAGAUUUAUAAAUCAGAACACAUGGCCCCUGUGUAAGAGCACAAUGACAAAUGAAAACAAAAGGACUGAGUAUGUAAGAAGUAGCGAUUUCAAAACCUUCAGAACCCACAGUGGCUGUAUUGGAGAUUCGGAAGGCCUGAGCCCCUCUGGAGGGCCCUAAACUACUAUCUGCAGGUUAUCGACACCAGUAUUUCCUGGCUGAGAAUCAGAACAAGGGUUCAAAUGGCAAACCAUGCCACAUUGAAUUGAAGCUUCAACAGAACAAAAUAAAAACAAACUUUCUGGCAGAGAACUGGACAGAGAAUUCCCAGAUAUAUCCUAUCUGCCAGUGAAUUAAUAAUUACAACUUUCAAUGUUGAUGUGCAAAGCCAAGAGGGAUAAAACAAAUCUCUUUUUUUCUCAUAUGUAUUAGUUAUUCAUUGUUGUGUAACAAAUUACCCCAAAACUUAGUGGCUUAAAAUCAACAUUUGUUAUCUCACAGUUUCUGUGGGUUAGGAAUCCAAGUGCAGCUUGCCUGGGUUCCCUGGCUCUGGGUCUGUCACAAGGCUACCAGCAGCUCAAAGGCUCCACUGGGGAAGGAUCCACUUCUUGGUUCAUUUUUGUGGUUGUUGGCAGGAUUCAGUUCCUCACAGGCUCUUGGGUUGAGCCUUAGUUCCCCACGAGCUGUUGGUUCCUUGCCAAGUGGCCUCUUGAGAGACUAUCUCCCAACAUGGCAACUUGCUUCACCAGAGUGAGCAAGCGAGCAAGCAAGAGAGAAUAUCAGCACGAGAGAGAGAGAGAGAGUGCUUGAAAGAUAGAAGCCACAGUCCUUUGUAACCUAAUCACAGCAAUGACACCCCAUCACUUCUGCUGCGUUCUAUUUAUUAGAGGAUUUUCUGGGUGGUGAAAAUGGUUAACACACUUGGCUGUUAACCAGAAGUUUGAAAGUUCGAGUCCACCCAGAGGCGUGUGGAAAGAAAGGCCUGAUGAUCUACUUCUAAAAAACCAGCCAUUGAAAACCUUAAUGGAGGAGUCCUACUCUGAACUGACUCAAUGGCAACUGUUUUUUUUAAUUCAUUAGAAUUGAGUCAGUAGGUCCAGUCCACACUCAGGGAGAGGGGAUUACAUAAGGACAUGGAUACCAGGAGGCAAGAUCUUAUCUCUCUCUAUGAGAUAGAGCUACCUCAGAAACUGCCUAUUACAUUAUCUCCUCAUGUAGGUAAAAACAAAGCUCUUUGCCUUUCUGCAUAAGAAUUUGACCUUAAGUUAACUUUCUCUGUUCCCUUUACUCUCUUGUAACCUGAUAACAGUGCAAUGUCAAUUAUGUUACUAAGCAAUGUUGUUUAUGAUAACAAGAAAACCGAUUGGUGAAUUGCACCUGGUCUGGGAGGAGCUGUAUACGAACUAUAAACAUCUAAUAGAGACCUCACAGUUCUGGGCUUCCUUGAGUGCAGUGACUCUUGUAAAAGAUCAGAUCCCUUGCAGGGACUCUAGAAGCUAUGUCUAGGCGAUUGUUACAAGAGAUUUUGACUCCCGUGGGACAUAAAGCUUCUAAGCCAGAGCAAAUCCCACACCAUUCCAAUAUGAAUUAUGAAUCUUAGCUCCUUGCAUUUCAUGCAUUGCCUGAGUCCAUAAAGAAUCCUCGAUGGCUGUGUGGACUGCUGCCUGGUCUGCUACAAGGAUAGGAAACUGAUCCACAUCCCAUAUCCUUCUAGGUUAACCUGAUGCCAAACAUAGCCUGUGGUUGUCUUAUGAGUCAGAAUAUUUAGCAGAGGCUAAGAAGAAGAACCUGGUGGACCUUGCCCCUCAUCUUGGGAUUUGGUCCUGAUUUUUAGUGCCGUUCUGUGAGGAUACCAAUGAGGUGGCAGCGAACCACAGCAACGGCAACCCCAGGAACCCAGGCAGGCCCUGAAUCUCCUUCCACUCGCAGUCUGGGGGUGCUCUUCAGAUGCCAUCUCCUCAGCCUUCCCUAACAAUGAAGACUAGCUGCUUGGCCCUAUUUCUGGGUGCCACCUCUAGCUGCUCUGGGUUCAUAUAAACCAAAGCUACCAGUCAUAGCAUCUCUUGCCUUGGUAUGUAAAUGGUUGGCUGGGUACUAAGUGACUGGGUUCUGGCUAUUUUCUGGCUUUCUAGGAGUCAGAUGUACGGAGGUGGCUGGAGGUGGUCUGGAAAGGCAGAAAUAUGAUUGAUGGCACUGAUCUGGAAUCACUGGCACAAGUGGGUAUAUAUGAGGGUAUCUGAAAGCCCCUGUGAGGGAACUGACCUGUCUGUAUCCUGGUUGAGACUGGUGCCUGGCACACAGCAGGUGCUCAAUACGUAUGUAGUGAUAGGUGAAUGGAUCAGAGGGAGGGUGUUCUGUAUGAUCUGUCUGCAUAUGUCUGCAAUUAGCUGGGUGGAUUUGAUGUCUUUUCUUUUGAGGAGAAUAAAAAUUGAAAAGCAAAAGCAAGUUAUAUCCUGAAAACCAGUUCUCAAACUUAGAGCGUAAACCUCAGAAAGGAUGAGCUGGGGCAGAGUGGGGAUCAGGGUGGCUGAAACAGGACAGGUGGCCCUACAGGAAUGAACAUCCAAUGGAGCUUUGUUUGACUUGCCUGUUGAUGAGGGGCUCCUCGGGGUGAACCCCUUCACUAUUCUCUAUUUCUGUUCCCCCCAAAAUGGAGACCAUAUUCUCCUGUAAUUCUGUCCUACCAGACUUUUCUGAACUACAAGAAGUCCCAUAUAUAAAAUUCCCACCUUAAAAAAUAAAUAAGUGAAAGGAUGGUUAGUUAUUAUUCAAAAGGGUUUCAUCACUUUCUAAAGAAUGUUGCACAGGUUUAGCACAUGCUUUAAAGAAGAAACUCCCAUUUCUCGAAGAGGAUACAAUUUAUUUUUUACAUGCAUUCUCAGCUUAAAUUGGAACGGACCUGUAAUGCCUAGAAAGCACCAUGAAAUUUUCCCAACGUUGUGAUGUCCAUUUUGAACUGAAAUUUACAAGGUGUCCCCUUGUCCAGAGACUCCUGAUUAAGGACUUCUUUUAAUUCCCCCAAAGACCAAAGAGUGUGGGGGCUGUUGAGGAAACCGCCAUGGCUGCCAGAGGUGCCCCUUACCUUCACCUUCCCCCACCUUUUGGGAGUUCCCUUAAGCCUUGGGCAGAGGCUUAGCAAAGUGGCAAGAUCCUAUGCAAGGUGGUUACGGAACUUUCUCUCCCCUUGAGACUGAAAGGGCACUCAUUGUUCCAAACAGCUGACUUUGGUCAAAAUCAUCUUUGGUCAAAAUUUCCAAAGAAAGGAAUCAAUCCAUAGCCUUACAACAAAGCCUUAGGCAAACUAGAAACGUCAGAGAGGGCUAAGGAAGUCUGAGUGUCAGGCAUUAAAAUUAUGGUUGGUUUCUGUGCAUCUCAUUAGGGGAGAAAAAAUAUAAAUGUAAAAUGUCCAGAAGGGAGUCAUAAGAUCAAUUCUAAGGGCUGAAUCGUCUGAACUGUAGCGACAGGCUUAAAGAGAAAAUCUAUACUGGCCAGACAACAAGUUAAUGGAAAAUUUAAUUGAGGUGAAUGAAAUGCUAAACUUCGUAGGUGGUGUGGCCUGGUGCCCUUUGAACCAGGAAGGCUGGGACAAGAGGCCACAGGGGGCUCUAAGGGAAAAUGUGAUGAGCUUAUCUGAGCAAGAACAAGGGGCGGGACCUAGCUUGAGAAAAGAGAAGUCUGCAAACCUCCACAAGAGCCUCCUGGCAAGGCUGUGCUGAAGGGCAAGGAGGAAAUCUGCUGGUUUCUACCACCAGAGACGUCCCUUAGAUGUCCGAGGCAGAAGAUCCUCCCUGACUUCCAGAGCACUGAGCACGUACUGGCACCUGGCGUUCACCUGAGAGGAGCGUGCGUGAGGGCUGCCUGGUGGCAGAGACACAGCCACCCAAGUUGCCACCGAAGAGUGCCUGGUGAACCCUGUCAGCAUGAACCGCUACAGUGUGGACCCCUCCACCUUUAACCACAGGGGCUCCUUGCACCCCUCCUCCUCGCUGUACUGCAAGAGGCAGAAUUCUGGAGACAGCCGGCUCGGGGGAGGCCCCACCAGCACUGCCGGAGGCGUCCGCACCAGCCUGCUAUCCUCUGGAAGCCCCUCGGCAUCUGGGCUGAGGCCCCCAGCCUCCAGCCCCAAGAGAAACGGGACCUCUCUUGACGGAAACAGAUGUGCCUCAAACCCUUCUCCAGAUGGGCAGGACGUCAGGCGGCCCAGGAGCAGGAAUCCCUCCACCUGGACAGUGGAGGAUGUGGUUUGGUUCGUGAAAGACGCCGACCCUCAGGCUUUGGGGCCUCACGUGGAGCUCUUCAGAAAGCAUGAGAUUGAUGGCAAUGCUCUACUGUUGCUGAAGAGUGACAUGAUCAUGAAAUACCUAGGCCUGAAGCUGGGACCUGCGCUGAAACUCUGCUACCAUAUUGAUAAACUGAAGCAAGCCAAGUUCUGAAGUUGUUAAAGAUAGAGACAAAAUCCAAGACAACACAUCUCAAGGUCAUUUUCUGCCUUACCAACAUCCAGCCACCAUCACGUAAUAGACUCUUCUCUUAAAAAAUAACAACCACAAAGACUUGGCCUUUUUAUAAAACUUGUGCAUCUUUGCCUUUUUAAAAAUUCAAUAGGGCUCUUUUGAAAGGCUCCUGUGCAUUAAUGAUUUGCCAAAAAAUUACGAAAAGCCUAUUCUUUUUAACAUUCCUGUAUGUUGGUUGCUCUUAGAGUGGGUCUUAUUCUUCUAACAAGAAAAUGGAACCGAAUGCUAUUGCCCAAGGAGAGCUCUGGAGGAUUCAACAGACGUGAGAAGGACCUUAAUCCCUGAAGCGCCACCUGUCUUUAACUCUCACCUGGGAGCCUAUUCAGUGUGAGCCUUGCUUGAGUCCGCUCUGGAAGCUGUCUUCUGAGGUUGACUGCCUCACCUUGCACUAUCUGGAAAACUUGAAUUCAUUUGCUCUCUAAAAGAGAAGAAAAACACCUUCUCCCCGCUCCUUUUUGUUAUCUAACGUACUGUGUUUCCCCACUAGAGGGCAGACUGCUAAUGAAAUUUCAGGACUCACCGACUGCGACAGCAUGUUAUUCUGUACUCAGUGGAUGGGUUAAGACUUUUGUGAAUAAGAUAUAGCCUGCACAAAAAUAGGGAAUUUAUUCCACAGUCAGCACCACAGAUUGCAAUUUGGGAAGAAACCACCUUCCGGAAGGUUCGAGUUCAUAUCCGAUCGUUAUUGACUGACUGACUGAUGCACAAGCAGCAAAGGCAAGAAUUUGGAAGCACUCACUUCCCAGAUGGGACUUUGGAGCCUCUUCCUUUCCAGAGUCCUUACUGAGGUGUCGCGUUGGCACGCUGAAGACUCUUACUGACAUUUAGCCAUGGGUGCUUCUUUUAAAAAAGAAAAAGAAAAAUGUCUUAACUAAGAUUUGAAAAUGAGGAAGUUGAUUUCUAGUUACAUUGCUGGGUUAUGUAGUUGUAUCUGUGGCAAAUUUUUCUAGUCCUCAACGAAUACACAUACAUGCUAUUAUUGAGUUUAAUUCAAUUUUCAAAUAGGUUUUCUUUUCUCACCAUGGAGUAAUAGAAAAAAAAUUGAUUUUCUACCUCUUUGCAGCUAUGCUGGAGGCAGCUUGAUGAAUCCACAAUUUACUAGGCAGAAGGGCAACCUCUUCUCCAUUCUUUUUAUCCUUCUUCUUUCUUUCUUUAUUUUUCUUUUUUAUUGUACUUUAGGUGAAGGUUUACAGAACAAACCGGUUUCUCAUCAAACAGUUAGUACAUACAUUGUUCUAUGACAUUGGUUAACAACCCCAUGACAUGUCAACACUUUCCCGUCUCAACCCUGGGCUCCCUAUUACCAGCUGUCCUGUUCCCUCCUGCCUUCCAGUCCCUGCCCCAGGGCUGGUGUGCCCCUUUAGUCUUGUUUUGUUCCAUGGGCCUGUUCAAUCUUUGGCUGAAGGGUGAACCUCAGGUGUGACCUCAUUACUGAGCUGAAAGGGUGACUGGGGACCAUACUCUCAGGGUUUCUCCAGUCUGUCAGGCCAGCGAGUCUGGUCUUACUUUUUGAGUUAGAAUUUUGUUCUACAUUUUUUUCCACCCCGUCUGGAACCGUCUAUUGUGAUCCCUGUCAGAGCAGUCAGUGGUGGUAGCCUGACACCAUCUUGUUGUUCUGGACUCAGUCUGGUAGAGGCUGUGGUAGGUGUGGUCCAUUAGUCCUUUGGACUAAUCUUUCCCUUGUAUCUUUAGUUUUCGUCAUUCUUCCUUGCUCCCGAAGGAGUGAGACCAGUGGAGUAUCCUGGAUGGCUGCUCACAGGCUUUUAAGACCCCAGAUGCUACUCACCAAAGUAAAAUGUGGAACAUAUUCUUUAUUAACUAUGUUAUGCCAAUUGAGCUAGAUAUUCCCCGAGUCAUGGUCCCCAUAGCCCUCAGCCCAGCAAUUCGGUCCCCCAGGGUCCCUUUCUUUUUUUAGUUCCUUUCUCUCUCUCUCUCUGAGCAGAGAACAUAUCUUUGAAAUGAUGAAUUCAACUCUGUCAUAGGUACAACUUUUUCCUUAAAGAAUAUUUCUAGUGGUGGAGGUGAGGAGAUGAAUAUGAGACUUUGCACUCUCUGGGAAGGGGAGGGUCAAAGAAAACACAAGACCUGUCUUGACCCAAAUCUGAAUUAGAAAAGGCACAUAUUCCUCUAGGUUGUGGCUGAGCAGGGGCCUCAGCUGGCCAGUGGAUCAAGGUGGGAUCUCAGCUUCUUCACCCCUCAGCCAGGUGUCCUUGCACAAAACACCACCUGUACAACCUUGAGGGCAGCCCUGAUAGAAUUUGCAUAGUGACCCUCUGUAAAUCAGUUAGAACUUAGUUGAAGACCAUAAGAAAUAUUUUGCUCUAUGCCACUAGAUUCCCUUUGAUGAGGGAUAGUUGAGAAUCCACAUCAGAGCAAAAUCUUUUUUAGACAAAUGGCAGCUGGGCUUAGCGCAUGACAGAGAAGAGCAGGAGAAUUAUGUCCUAAAACUGCCCACUGCCCUGAGCCUGAGUUUUCAGGUUGUGAAAGAGCUGACUGUUGGCUUCAGCACAUGACAAAAUUACCUUGAAUCAGGCUUGGGACAGCCUUCAAGAUUUUGAAGAGAUAAACAGAAUCUGUUCACCAAAGGUUUGUUAGUUAAUAGUGCUCAUUGUUGGGCUGGAGUUAGAUAAUUUCCCUCAAAAAGCCAUGGACAGUUUAUAUAUUCAGAACCUCCAGUCUGAAAACAGUGAGACUCAGAAAAUCCCAGGACAACCUGUUUUCUGCCCCAUUGUUUUUGCUCAGUCCUCUGAUACUGUAGCGCCUCUUCCAUCAACAUAAACCAGUCGCUGUCAAGUCAGUUCCAACUCAUGGUGCCCCUAUUAAGUCAGAGUAGAGCUGUGCUCCACAGGGUUUUCAAUGGCUUAUAAAGACCUUUUCUUUUUUUAUUUUUCAGAAGUAGAUCACCAGGGCUUUCUUUCCAGGUACCUCCAAACCAUAAACUCCAAACUUUCGGUUAGCAGCUGAGCGUGUUGUUUACGUCACUCAAGGAUAUCUCCGUCAGCAUAUACCUCAUUUAUGACUUUCAGUAUUAAGCUCUCAAAACUUCCUCCCCAACCUCACUGGUGCCUCCCUCACUACAAAAACACGAACAUGGUGCUCCAAAAUUACGAUCAGUCCCAAACAAUGUUGAAGAGAAACUUUGACUCGUUUUCAGGAGAGAGAGAUUUUCCCAUCUCAAGUCUGGGAGGAAACUGUCUCCACGUUCACAUGGAACCGCUUUCAUGGAGGUGCUAUCUCAUUUUGCAUUAAACUUUUAGCAGGACAGCUUGCCGAAGCCAUGGUAUUUAAGGUUUGACUUUAGAAAUCUCAUUAUUCUUAAAAUGAGUGCUGCCAUAUCAGAGUCUAUAACCUGGGGAGAAAAUUCUUCCUCGCCUGUUUUUGUACUGAAAUGAAAUUAGCCAACCAAAUUAUUAUAGCAAUACUGCAAUUAUAAUUAAUUUUCACCCCUUUCAAAAAUCGUGUCAAACCAGGCAGCUAAAUAGCUUAGCAAAUGUAAAACACGCCCGGCCAUUUCCUCUGAACAGGCCUUAAAGAGGCAGGCCACGUGUGUCGCUCUUCAAAUGAGGGCUUACUUGGAGACCUCAUACUUGUACAGAUAUGGUACUUGUAAUUCCAUGGCAGUAGCUUUGCUUCAGGUGGCAGUGAAUAAUGAUACACUUUUGCAUAAUUCCAAAUUAGAGUGUGUAUAUAUGUGUGUGUGUGUGUGCAUGUGAGCGUGUACAUUCAUGUUCCAAACAUUUCCAAUUACACUUGUCUGUUAAACACUUAAAAAAAAAAAAAAAUCAAGAGACAAUUCUACUGCCUAAGGCAUUUUAAAUAUUUU